AUGCAGGUUCCUUCUCAGAGUGUCUACUCGUACGCUCUGGCGUACAACGGGCUCAGCCCUCGGGACGAGAGUCCCGUCGUGCAUAUCGGCUCCCCCAACUCACAGAUCUCCACAGAUCAGUUUGAAGUCGGGGGGAAGUCCCACUGCUAUACCGCAUCGCCUCGUGCAUCGAGGGACAGCGGGGUCAGCGAUUCGAGCGAGACACCGCCACUCUCGGACUUCACUUCGGAGGGCGUAGAUACGUCGAGUGAAGACGAAGAAUAUAUCGAGGUGUUGCGCAAGUGGCCCGCCGCCCAACGUGUUUUCGGUGAAUCGCUGGAGGACCCGGACUUUCCAAACGUCCACCGCGCCGUACAGGAGACCAGUCUUUCUCUGGAGGAGUGGAAGCAGCUGCGAUCGUUCCUAAUCCAACACCCCUUCAUUGUCCGGCAUUUCUGGUUCGACUACGAUAUGCCCAAGCACACUAUCACCUCAGGGGCCCCCGGUACCCUUCAUCAAAUCAUCUCUCCCAUGAUUGACAAAGUGGUGGUGAGGCCAGUGAUCCAACCGUGGUUGCAACUCUUCCCCCUCGACCACCGUCACCUCGAGCAGAUUCCGGGCAAGAUGGAGGUAUCAUUCGAACGGUUGAUGGUGCCGGACAUCACCGUCAACCUCCUCUUUAGACCGCCUGGGCCGAGCACGAAUCACAACGACUUCGAGCUGCUGGUUGUGGAGAACGCUCACUUCGAGAAGAAGGAGCACGUGUUACUGAAGACGGCAAAAAUGAUGCUCCGUGGGCCUAACCACGAGGGGAGCUUGCGGAUGCCUGCUGCGGAGCCCGAGGAGCCUACGGGGGCAUCGUCGGCCUCACAGAUUAGCACGACUUCGGACGACUCGAGCCAGCUUUCCGCCCUCACCUCACAGACUAGCACCGCUUUGGACGGCUCGAGCCAGCUUUCAGCACUCACCGCACGGACUAGCGCCUUGAGCAGGCUACCGUCACUCGCAUCAUCGUCCGGCGAGGGCGCCCGGGAACGCCACGUCAUUAUCGACGCGCACGGCGAGUUAUCCGAUCUAAGCUCUCUCACCGUCUCGCAUGAGAGUUCGAAUCAGGCCGCUGUGGGUUAUAAAUACACGACAUACGUCGUCGUGAUCCUCGAGGAGACCCCUGCUAUUGUCACCCAGGCGCGGCUACCGGAUACGGUCAAUAUCAAAGCACAACGUUGGCAGGAGCUUCCGCUAGAGGAUGAUUGCAUCUGCGGCGGGUGGGCGUACGGAGGUAAAGUGUACGUCGGGCAGACCCGCGCGUAUGUGAUGGCGUUCCAAGGGGUGGAUGACGCCAAGCUCUUGAUGCUCAGAUCGGGGUCCUUCUCCAUGGCGGACUGG